AUGACAAGUACAGAUGAUCCUAAUCAAUUUUCAAUGAAUGAAUCGAUCUCCGACUCAUUUCGUACACGAAGUUCAAGUCGAAAUCGAAAAGCAAUUUUAACUAAUACAGAAAAUAAUUCAAAAAAAAGAGUUCCAAAUAAACGAAUAGAAAAUAUUUCAAAAACUGGCCAACAACGUAUUGCUACUCGUUCUUCACAAAAAUCUCCCCUAACGCCAAUGAUUGAUGAAAAUGAUAAUUCAUUUAUGUCAAAUAUUAAUUCUGGUUUUUCUCAAUUUGUUAAUCCAAAAAAACGACAACGCGAUGACAAAAAGACAAAAGCUACUAAACGAUCUAAAGUUACUACCUAUGCUGAUGAAAACCAACCACCAAAUGAUGAAACUCAAGACAUUGAACAAGUCAAACUUAUCUAUGAAACUGCUGAUGGUCGUACGAAUCUCGCUCGAGCUGCAGCAACAAAUGCUCAAAUUGUUGCCAAUCGAAAUCCAUCAAACACUCGUUAUCCAACAAUAACAAAUACAACAUAUAAUUUAAAUGAUCAUAAUCAUAUUAUUGAUGAUACUCAAACAGAAACUUUAAUUAUUCCAGAUACAUUGAUUGAUAUUGAUACACAACAUAAUGAUAGUUCUUGGCAAAGAGAUAUUGAUCGACUGAUGAAAAAACUUGAAGAACCAUCAUCUUCCGUUAAAUCACAAACACAAAUUGUAGAAACACAAAUUGAAGAAGAAAUUUUUGGGCCAAUUUAUCUUUCUCAAACAGGAAAAACACAUCGACGACCAAUUCAUACAUUAAAAGCAAUUAGUCAAUCAGAAAUAAAUCAACAAAUUCAAACAACAACAAUCACUCAAACAAAUGAAAUUGGAAUACAAACUGAUAAUAUUCAAAAUUCAUCGUCUAUUCAUAAUUGUUGUCAAGAUGUUUCUGUUUGUCCUUGUGUUCUCCGAUACAGUAAAUUAGAACGUUUAUUUAUGGAAAAAAUGUCUCGGUUUAUCAGCAUUGUUCCAACAAUAUCAAAUACACAUCCACAAAUAAUAAUACCAGAAAAUAAUUCAAAACGUCGAGUCGUACAAAGUUAUUCUCGGUUUCGAAGAGUUCGUACUCGCCGAAAAAUUCAUAAUCGAACGGUUAUACCUUCUAUAUCAAAUAAUGAAUCAACAACUGUCGAAGAAAUUUCUGAUGAAACAACAACAGAAUUAGAUAAUCAAACCAAAGAGAAUAUUGAAAUUCCGCAAGAACAAAAUGAAACUAUACCUUCAGAUGUUACUGUUAAUCCAAUAGAAAAUAUAGUUUCAACAACAAUAACAAUAGAAAGAAAUCCACAAUCAAUUGAUGACAUAUCUUCAAUUGAAAAACUCGAUACAACUACAAUAAUUGAUCAUACAUCAACUCUUUUAAUUCCAUCAACUGCUGAUACAUGUUCAACUGGUCGACAUUUAGUUUUAACAACAUCAUCACUCGAUGAAAAUCAAAAAUCUCAAUUUCGUUUAUUUAUCAGUCGUUUUGGUGUAUCAACAAGUUCAACAGUUGAUUCAUCGGCAACUCAUAUUAUUGUUAAUGAAAAUUUUCCUCUUGUUUGUCCAUUAACUGGAAAAAUAAUUCAAGGAAUAGCUCGUCAUUUAUUUAUUGUUUCAUAUCGUUGGUUAAAUGAAUGUUUAUCUCAAGAAACAAUUGUUGAUGAACGUCCAUAUGAAAUUCGUGGUGAUACAAGUUUAGGUUCUGAUCAUGGUGGAAUGCGUCGAUCACGUUUAACACCUUCAUAUUUACUUGAUAAAUAUUCAAUAUGUUUACGUUGUACAUCAAAUGAUUGUGCACCAUUACAAACAAUUGAACAAGUUCAAGAAUUAGUUGAAUUAUGUGGAGCAAAAUUAGUUCGAAAUUUUAGUGAAAUAAAAACAAUUGAUAAAGAUCGACAAAUGAUUCUUGUUCUUGGUAUUAAUGGAUUUUCUGGUGGAGAAAAGAAACGUAAAGCACUUUUAGAUACAUGUCAACAAUUUAAUGUCAGAUGUGUUAAUAUUCAUUGGUUACUUAUUUCAAUUGCUAAAUUUGACAUACAACCAUUUGAAAAUUAUGAUAUUAAUCAAGUUUAA